AUGUUGCUCUCAGUGCCCAUCCCUGGGCUGUCCCGGCACCUGUCUGCGCAGAGCGGGGUGGCAGGCAGAGCCACGGGCCUGUCCGCUUCCAGCCCUGUGCGGGGCCCUGGGGGUGGCGCCUUUGGAGCUGGGGGGUUUGGCUGUGCCGGGGGCCUGGGCACUGGUCAGGGGGGACCCUUGGGAGGCGGCUGCAGAGGUCUGGGCAUGGCAUUUGGGGGCAGCCCAGCAGGUGGCUCUACAGGCGUCCUCUGCGGCCUUCAUGGAGGACUCCUUCCCGGGUCCGAAAAAGCCACCAUGCAAAAUCUGAAUGACAGACUCGCAUCCUACCUGGAGAGGGUUGGCGCCCUGGAGGAGGAGAAUGCUACGCUGGGACAGAAAAUCCGAGACUGGUACGAAAGAUGUGGGGCCGAGGACGCAGGGUCCCAGACUGAUUACUCUAAAUACUACCUGCUGAUCGAAGACCUCAGGAACAAGAUCACCUCGGCCAGCACCAGAAACGCCCAGGUCACCCUGCAGAUGGACUACGCCAGGCUGGCCGCUGAGGACUUCCAAACAAAGUACGAGAACGAGCUGUGCCUGCGGCAGAGCGUGGAGGCCGACGCCAGCGGGCUGCGCAGGGUGCUGGACGAGCGGACCCUGGCCAGGGCCGACCUGGAGGUGCAGAUCGAGGGCCUCGCGGAGGAGCUGGCCUACCUGAGGAAGACCCGCGAGGAGGAACUCCGGAGCUUCCCGGCUGACUGUCCCCGCGAGAUCAGCGUGGAAAUAGACGCGGCGCCAGGCGUGGACCUCACCAGGCUCCUCAACGACAUGAGGGCACAGUACGAAGUCCUCGCAGAGCAGAAUCGCAAGGACGCGGAGGCCUGGUUCAUGGAAAAGAGCGGGGAGCUCCGGAAGGAGAUCAGCUCCAACACCCAACAGCUGCAGUCCAGCCGGAGCGAGGUCACCGACGUGCGGCGCGCGCGGCAGAGCCUGGAGCUGGAGCUGCAGUCCCAGCUGGCCUUGAAGAAAUCCCUGGAGGAUUCGCUGGCUGAGACCGAGGGCGGCUACUGCGGCCAGCUGUCGCAGGUGCAGCGCCUCGUGGGCAGCCUGGAGGCGCAGCUGCAGCAGGUGCUCGCCGACGCCGAGGGCCAGGGUGCGGAGCACCGACGGCUGCUGGACGCCAAGGCCGGGCUGGAGCUGGAGAUCGAGACCUACCGGGGUCUGCUGGACGGGGAGGCCGCGGGGGAUGAUUUGGAGGAAAGCGCAUCUGAAACGGGCUCCAAACCCCAAGCUCAGUCCACUGAUUCUUCUAAAGACCCCACUAAAACCCGGACAAUCAAGACAAUUGUCCAGGAGGUGGUAAACGGAGAAGUGGUCUCAUCCCAAGUUCAAGAAAUUGAAGAGCUGAUGUGA